GCAUCCUUUAUUAAAGUGUUGAAGUGCAUAUGCUAAUAAUUGGCACGUUACUGCUGAGAUACGCUAGGCGCCGGUACCAUAUUCGGUGCUGCGUUAGAAAGGCGGGCAGACCAGUAGGCGUGUAAGCAGAUGCACUUUGGUGGCUUCAGCACGUGGCUGUUUUCCUUUCUGUCGGCACUUCAUGCCGAGAGUGACGAAAUACAUCAGAGUGGCGCUGUUCCGUACAAACUGUGCAGGCACUACGACUUGGUCGACCUUUCGUACAAUUUUAACAACGGAACAGUCUACUGGAACGACGGCGAACACUUCAGUUUGCGAGUCACUUUGCACAACGCUACGGAGGCAGGAUGGUUUCAGGUAGAUGCGAUGGAAGAACCGAUUCACGGUGGAACCCACCUGGACUCACCGUUGCACUUCUACAAGGAUGGCUGGGAUGCCUCUCAGAUACCGCUCGAGAGGCUGCUUUUUUUGCCAGUGGCGUCCGUGGACGUACGGCCGCAGGCAGAGUUGAAUCCAGAGUACCUGCUCUCCGUGGACGAUAUCUUAGAAUGGGAAUAUGAGUACGGGCGCCUGCCAAACGGCUGCCUCUUCCUGGCUCAUACUGGGCACUCCAAGCACUGGCCCAAUCGCACGGCGUACAUGGGCAUAGACAAGAACGGUGAGAAGCAUUUCCCAGCACUACAUCCGGAAGCGGCUUCCUUCCUAGCUACGAAGCGCAGCGUUUACGGCGUAGGCCUUGACACGCCCUCUGCGGACGCCGGCAACGGAUCUGCCGCGCAUCGAUCCCUGAUGAGCAUCAACGUAUUUAUCCUGGAAAACCUUGUCGGCCUGGAAAAGUUGCCGGCCCGGGGAGCGUACGCCCUCGUGCUUCCGCUUAAACUCGACGGCGCCAGUGGUUCACCUGCGCGCGUGAUCGCCCUAGUUCCAUAAGGUGUUCAGCAAG